UGUUCGCUUGCAGCUAAAAUGAUUUCACACCGUGCGACAACGCCGUUGGGGCCAUGUUUCUUGGGACUGCUUUUGCUGCUGUGCAGUUGCCAAUAUACAGUCGGGGUUUUGGGUAAAUCGCAGAUGUGCGAAGUGGAAACGGGCCAAACGAACAUAAUUCUGGAUAUAGAAGAGAGUCGAGGGAACUUCACUGGACAAACUACGACGCCGGCAGAGCUGCCCAUUUUUGGCGAUCCCCACACGGAAAUCGCGCUCGAUCUAGUCUUUCCCAAGGGACACCCGACAUUCCUACUGGAGGGGAAGAGUCUCAAGCUGAUUCAGCCACUUGACCGCGACGAGGAGAAUCUCAGUCACAUCGUGUUUCAGGUCUCAUGCACCAUUCGCGAGUCGAAUAAAAAGCGCAACAUUCCGCUCAUUGUUAGGGUAUCCGAUGUCAACGACAAUGCACCACAUUUUAUGAACACACCCUAUGAGAUCACAGUACCAGAGAGCACUCCCUUGGGCACGACUGUAUAUCGGAAUAUACAGGCCCUCGACAAGGAUGCUGGCGUGAAUGGUCUAGUCGAGUAUUUCAUAGUUAAGGGCGAUACGAACACGACUGGGGAUGACAAGUUAACCAGCGCCGAUGGCUAUGGAACCUUUGCCAUAUCAUUUCCCCACCAAGGACAGGUGACAGUAGCCAAGACGCUGGAUUACGAAAAGAUACAGCGCUACUAUUUGACCAUUGUCGCAUCGGAUCGUGCGCGAAGUAUUGCAGAGCGCCUGUCCUCGACCACCACGCUGACUGUUAACAUCGCCGACUCUGAUGACAUGGAUCCGUCCUUUAUCUAUCGUGGAUGCGUGCUAUUGGAUGGUGCUUGCAUCAAUCCCGAGUAUACGGCGUCAGUGCCCGCUGGCUCGGUGCAGGGCGUGCUGAAUGUUCUACCCGAACGUAUACAGGCCGUGGAUCUGGACACGAUUAGUUCGCGAAUACGCUAUAGCUUCGCCAGUGGCAUUCCCGGCAACUACGCAGACUACUUUGAGAUUGACGAGGAAACCGGAGUCUUGAAGCAGAUCAAAGCUGUUGACACAUCGACAGCUAAACGAUACGACAUAAUAGUGCGAGCCGAGGAGAUCUCGCCGGCUCCUCGCCGCUUCACCACGGCUAAGCUGACAAUUGCCGUAAAGCCCGUAGACGCGAAUCCACCAGUUAUAUCGUCCUCUGACAUAGUAGGAUAUGUUGACGAGAACUCCCCAGUUGGCACAAAGGUCGUGGAUGCGAAAGGAGUGCCAAUAUCGUUGAGGACAACUGACGACGACUUGGGCGAAGAUGAUCCGAAGCCCGACUACAUAUACGAAUUGACGACGCCAUCAUUCAAUGUGACAAGCACUGGAGUGCUGAUUGUUAAUGAAGAGGGCCUUGACCGUGAUCCACCUGCACCGGGGCGCUACAAGUUCCAGGUGGUGGCACGAGAGCCCCGCACUAAUGCGGCCAGUGCGCCACUGAGCCUAACCGUACAUCUGCGCGACGUUAACGACAACGCCCCAAAGUUGGCCAUGGUUGCCCCCAUUUCCAUAUCGGCUGGUGAUCAGCACGAGCAGCGACUGGUGGCACAAAUGAUGGCCACGGACAUCGACGAGGGCCCCAACGCAGUAGUCACCUACUCCAUAUACCAUGUCUCCAAUAAUGGUCUGCAAAAGUUCCACAUCAACGAGCAAACCGGCGAGAUUCAUACUCAGGGACGGCUGCUCGCCGGCGAGCAGUACAGCAUUACGGUGCAGGCAACAGACAUCGGAGGUCUUUCCUCCCAAGCAAUUGUCGAGGUCACCGUAACGCCAGGUCCGAAUACGAAGCCGCCGCGUUUCACGAACGUCCUAUACGAAGUGCAGGUCAGUGAGGGUGCCGAAAUCAACUCCACGGUUACAGUGGUGCAUGCCGAUGACCCCGAAAACGAUCCCGUUGUCUAUUCGAUCAUGUCUGGCAAUGAUCUUCGACAGUUUUCUGUCGGCCAACAAAGCGGAGUUAUUAUGGUGAUACGCAAGCUGGACCGGGAGAGCCUGACACGCUAUCAGCUAAUUGUGAAGGCGGAAGACGAUGGCGGGCUGUCCAGUAGUGCCACAGUUAACAUUAAAGUCACCGACAUCAAUGACAAAAAUCCCGAGUUUGAUGAACUUACGCAGCCCUAUGUCUUCCACGUGGACGAGGGCUUGGAUGAUGCGUUCGUUGGUAUUGUGCAUGCCACAGAUGCCGAUGAGGGCAUCAAUGCAGAGAUAACGUACUCAAUACCCACAGAUAUACCAUUUAGUAUCAACAACAAGUCGGGCGAGAUACGCACCUCCGAGAAGCUGGACUUCGAGCGACUGAACGAAUACAAGUUUGUGGUCACAGCCAAGGAUGGUGCACCCGAUGCACGGCUUGGCACAGCUAGUGUCACAGUUGUUGUUCACGAUCUGCCCGACGAGGUGCCAAAGUUUAACGAUGCCAGCAUAAAUGUGCGCAUUCCCGAGAACAUGGAAAACUUUCCGGUGGCCACAGUACUAGCGCACGAUCCAGACUCCAGUCCGGAAAUCACUUACGUGCUGCGAAAGGGCGACGCCGAGUUGUUCAAAGUCUCCCCCAAGACAGGAGAAGUCAGGACAACGAAGGGCUUGGACUAUGAGAAGCAACAACAGCAUCAACUGGUUAUUGGGACCAUUGAAAAUGACGGCGAGGCACUCGGCGAUACGGUGCAGAUUGUAGUAGAGGUCGAGGAUCGCAACGAUGUGAGUCCUGUGUUCAUAUCAGUGCCUGGUCCAGUGACUGUGAACGAUGACCAACCCAUUGGCUCGGUCAUAGCAACCAUGCCAGCCAUUGAUGGCGACGGCACUCCGCCAGGCAAUGUCAUUCGUUACGAGCUAGUGGGGCGUGGCAAGGCGUUAAAAUACUUCCAAGUUGAUCCAGAUACGGGCGCGGUUCGCAUUCGCGAUGAGCUGCGGAAGGAGGAGGAUACGGAAUAUCAAGUGGACAUUCGCGCCUAUGAUAUGGGCGAUCCACAGCUCAGCUCGGUGGCCAUGCUGCCGGUGUAUGUUCGCCAUCUGCUAGUUGACUCCAACGAGGAGAACUUUAUGGAAGCCAAGAUGGACACUGACAAAGGCCUAGUCACAAGCUCGGAGACAGUUGGUCUGGCCUUUGGCGACGACAGCUACGUUAUUAGUGUGCCCGAGUCGACAUCCGUAAACAGCACGCUAAAGCUUGUCCAAAUUGUUAACUCGAAGAAACCUUCCAAGGGUGCACCAAACUUUAAGUGCGAAAUUGUGCGAGGAAAUGAGCUGGGCAUCUUUGAGCUGGGCGUCGAAGACUAUGGCUGCCUGAUAGUGCUUGCCAAGCCAUUGGACUUCGAAACGAAAACAUCUUACACACUCGAGCUGCAACUGACCUCCCAGAGGUAUUUUGUCAGCCCACGGAAGGAUCGCACGACUGUCAACAUCAUGGUCCAGGAUGAAAACGACAAUCCACCGGAGUUUAUUUUCAACCGACUUCAUGGCCAGAAUGAAACAUAUUACGCUGUUGUCACAGCUGAAAUGGACAUUGACACAACCAUAUUGCAAGUCCGCGCCAUCGACCGGGACUCGGGCAAAUUUGGAUUGUUGAGAUACAAGCUUUAUGAUGAAGACGACUUUAGCAUCGAGAAUGAUCAGUUGCCAUCUACGUACUUUAGACUGACUGAGGAUACGGGCAUUUUGCGUACAGCGAAGCCUUUCAGUGAUGCCAAGUUCCCCAUGAUAUUCUACGUGGAGGCCAGUGAUAAUGAUGCCCAAGAGCAGGGAUCGCAUCACACCAGAGCUCGCAUCGUCAUUAAUCAGUUAACAGAUGCAAGCCGCUUGGCCUUGGCCUUCUCUGAUGCGGCUCCCAAUAAGAUUCGCAAUCAUUAUACAGAAUUAGAGGAGCUGUUCGAGGAGCAAACGAAGGGAUUAGUCAGUGGCAUUGAACGAAUCAGCAAUCGCAAGUAUACGACGACCAACGGCACGGUAAUGGAGAAUCCAGAGGCCACCGAUGUUUGGUUUUACCUUAUCGAUCCCAAGUCGGAGAAGUUGCUUAGCCGUAACGAUAGCAUUAUCCAAGAAACGCUGCUGGACUCAGCUGCGGCCACAGAACUUAACUUGGCUGCUUCGAGCUUGGCGCACGCCAACGCCGAUGGCAUUCACGCUCCGAUUCAGAUCAGAGAGCAAGUACACAAGAUCAAAGCGGCAAUUGCCAUCGAUGAUGAAGUCUUCUCAUUCACACUGAUAGCCAUAUCCAUUAUCAUACUGAUUCUGGGCACCAUUGGCAUAAUAUACAUAUGCAUAUCGUGGUCCAAAUAUAAGAACUUCAAGCAGCGCAUUCGCCAUUACUCGGCGCCCAGUCCAACGCGGUACGAUCCGGUGAUCGUCAACUCGCAGGCGACGAAUUCGAGCGAUGCAGUGGCCAACCUGAAGGAGUACGAGACCCAAAUGCUGGCCAUGGCUGUGCCACCGGAUGGUGAUGAGGACUUGCAACUAGACUUCAGUGCGAAGAACCAUGCCUUCUCCCUGGAUAAUGUCAGCUACAUAACGCACAAGCCGAACAGCGCCGGGGACAUGCAGUCGAGCAACACGCACUUGGACUCGACCACGGGCACUAUUUCAACAAUCCGUCACAACAAUCUCAAUAACAUGAACAACAACAACAAUAAUAAUUUAACAUUAAACAAUCGACAGAAUACAUUUAAUCGCACUCUAGAAAUGAACUCCCGCAACAAUGCGAAUCCCCUGGCUCUUGCCGGGAAUAGCAACCCAGCCACCCUGACAUUGGGUCGAAUUAAGCAUCAUAAUAGCAAUCAAUACCAGAAUGAUGGCUAUAAGUUCGACUCCUCGAGCAGGAAUAAUUUGGCCAAUGCCAAUGCCAAUGCCCAAAAUAAUGGCUUCAGUACGAUGGGUAGACGAGGCAACACCUUUGGCGGCAUGGCCUCUUUGAAUGGCGGCGAGUUCAUGACCAACACGCUGGGCCGGAAUAACCAGCAAAAUAAUCGCAUUUAUGCUGGCGAAUUGCCCAUUGCCAAUCCGUUAUUUCAAAGAUCUAACGGAGACGUCAGUCAAAAUCAUUUGAGCUUUACCAACGAGAAUGUUAGUUUUGGUAAGCGGGACUACGGCCAAAUGAGCUUCUCAUACUUGAACGACCUGGAUCGGUCCGAGGUGGAGACAACAACGGAGCUAUGAGUAGUUAACUGACUGCAACUUAGUUUGAAAUUGGGUGUAUUUAUUAAUGUAUAUAAGUAUGAACAAGUAUGUCAUUGACGUCGAUGAUAAUUAGGUAGUUGUAAAUUCAAAAAUGUUUUAGACAAUUUAACUGAAUGAGCUGUUGCCAUUAUAUUGAAAAUGUUAGCCCAACAAAAUGUAAAUAUAAUUUAA